CAAACGUUGCUGUAGUCUUGUCGUGAGUGGAUUGUGUUAUUUGUUAAGGAAAGCAUUUUUGUUAAGUGUCCUGAAUUAAAAUUGUCUGAGAAGAAAAAAGAAAAUAAAAUCUUACACCUUUGGAUUACCUAAAUGAAAAAAACGAACCCUUUCUUUUGUGUAAUAGUUGAUUGCAAAAUCUCGGCUUUUGUGCCCUAAAGAAAAGAAUAUUCACCAGAAAAGAUUCAUAGACUCGAGUCUUGAAUAGAACAAAAAGUUUUAGUUUUUCUGAAUUGACAUAGAUUUUCAACCCUCAUAUCGUUCGCAUACGUUUUUGUAUACCUACCUAACAGAGAGUGAACAUAGAGAAAAAAGGGGGAACUAGAAAAAUCGAUUUUUCAAGAAGUUGUGCAAAAGAUAUUUGUGCACAGACCAGAAAAAAAAGUUAAACAGUAAAAGAAGUUAAUUUAAUAAAAGAAACUAUUCAAUGAAUAAUAAUAAAAAUAGUUAUUCAAAAUAUAAUUUUCAAAAAAGGACCCACCUUAAUCGCAUUUUAUAAAAUUAUAUAUAAAAAUAUAUAUAUGAGACAAAAGCAUUUACAUAAUCUUAUAACGAAUUUAUAUUUCAAAAAAUAACAAAAGAACUCAAUAGAAAUAAACAAAAAUAAUUUAUCAAAUAGUAAAACUGCCAGAAUCUUAAAUUUUGGACCAUAGCUCAAUAAUUUUCACAAGUUAAACUUUAAAAAACUUUACAUUAAUUGUAAAUAAAUACAAAAAAAGACUUAUUAAGUGAAGAACAAAAAUCUUUACCCAACACCAAACCCCCAUCCCCCUUCAAAGUGUGUGUAGAAUAAUUUAAAUUUAACAAAGUUAUUAAAAAAAUCACAACAACGGAGUCAUUACUUAAAAACCACUUUAACGUAGACGUCCAGGACGAACCUACAAGACUUAAAGGGCGUGUUCUGCUGAAGAAGAUAUCGCCGCAUCGGUAACCCUUAAUCCAGACGAACGUUUGCAAUAUAACGUUUACCGUUUAACAAUAAAAACAACAACAACAACAAAAUUAUACAAUACAAAAUUAUUAAAUAACCAAAAUUUUCAAUGUCUAUAAAAAAGUAAAAUUCACACACGCAAAAGAAAAUAUCUCCAUUGUUCAAAAAUAAAUAAAGUAUAUAAAUUGCAUUUACUAUAAAUAUACCCAAAAACAAAAAGGACACAAACACGUAGAAGAUAUAAAAAUGGAUACAAUAAUACUUAGUAAUAGUUUAAUUUUAGAAAAUUAAUAUACACAAUAAUCUAUAAUAUAUAUUAAUAUAGAAUAUAUAAAAAUCCUGCCAAGUUGAAAGGCACCCUUUUCCUUUGUUAAUCCCUAAAAUUUGUAUAAGGACAUUAGAUAAAGGAUACCAAAACGUAAAUUGUUGCAUUUAAACUUUAAACUGAAAACCAAAAAAACAAUAUUUAAUAUUUAACGAGAAAUAAUAAAAAAAAAACACAUCACUGCAUUUAAUAAAACAAAAGAAAAAAAAAAGAAAGAAAAACAAAUUCAUCAUCUCUACCAAGUGUCGUUUUUCAAACGAUGGAAAAAUCUGAAAAAUUUUCAGACUAUUUAUUCGCUAAAAUGGGUCCACCACAUGGAACAACCGUCAACGGUACUCAAAUGCCACCGAAAACAACCGAACGCAGUGAGGCACCAAUCGAGUUGACUGGUUACAAGAAGUGGUUGCAUGAGAAUAUGAUGCUGCUGGUAACACUGUCUGGCGUAUUGUUGGGUGUUUCCUUAGGAUUCAGCUUGCGACCACUAAAACUUCAUGCCGACUCCAUCAUGCUCAUCUCAUAUCCCGGGGAGCUGUUUAUGCGGGUUCUUAAGCUAAUGAUACUUCCUCUUGUCAUAUCGAGUCUAAUAGCUGGUUCGGCCAGUCUAAACGCUCGUAUGAAUGGAAAGAUCGCCUUAAGGACUUUGGUGUACUUUGCAGCAACAUCGUUCUUCAAUGCACUCCUCGGCAUAGGACUAGUUAUGCUCAUUCAUCCAGGUGAUCCGGGAAUGCAUAAUAAUGCUGAUCGCUCUGCCGACAAUAAGGCAGCCAAUCUCUUGGACAGUCUCUUGGAUUUGGGAAGAAAUGUUUUUCCGGAUAAUUUAUUCCAAGCUGCGUUCCAACAAGCUCACACCGUGUAUGUCCCAAAACCAUCAAUACAUCAAAGCUUCAAUGAAACCCUUAAUGAGACCUCCACCGAUAUGGCCGAUGAAAAUGCUGGCGAUCAAUCUGGCAAUGGUGAAGUAGAACUCAUUCGAGUUGUACAAUAUCGAACUGGUACCAAUACACUGGGCAUUGUAUUCUUCUGUUUGGUUUUUGGAACCCUGCUGGGUACGAUCGGCAGCAAGGGCCAAGUUGUGAUAGAUUUCUUUUCGGCUGUUUUUGAGGUUGUGAUGAAGAUGGUCACCUGCGUGAUGUGGCUAACGCCAAUUGGCAUCAGUUCGGUGAUUGCUGGGAAAAUUCUUGGAGUGAGCGAUCUUAAUUUGGUGAUGGCCCAACUCAUGUGGUUUAUCAUAACUGUGGCAAUUGGUGUCUUCCUCUAUCAGUUUAUUAUAAUGCAACUUAUCUAUUUUGUAUUCUUGCGUCGGAAUCCGUUCAAGUUCUACUGUGGACUCAUUCAAGCGAUGCUAACCGCAUUUGCAACAGCAUCAACUGCUGCAGCUUUACCCAUUACAUUCCGUUGUAUGAAUGACAAAUUGCAUGUAGAUCAAAGGAUAACUCGGUUUGUCCUUCCGAUUGGGUGCAACAUCAACAUGGAUGGCACAGCACUGUUUAUAUCCAUUGCCUCGAUAUUUAUAGCUCAGAUGAGUGGAAUGACUUUGGGCUUUGGGGAAUUGGUGACGGUCCUCUUGACUGCAACUGCUGCUUCGAUGAGCUCGGCAAGUGUUCCCAGUGCUGCAUUAGUUUUGUUGUUGGUUGUGCUAUCGGCUAUUGAUGCUCCAGUUCAAGAUGUUACCUUGUUGUUUGCUGUCGAUUGGUUUGUUGAUCGCAUGCGAACUACAAACAAUAUGCUUGGGGACUGCUAUGCUGCUGCUGUUGUUGAAGAGCUCUCGAAAAAAGAAUUAAUGGCUUUGGAUGCAGCUGUUCUCUACCAGGAACUACCAGUUACUAACGGACACAUCAUUUUGGAUGGACAAACUGAUUUAGAUAGAAAAUGUUCGUUACCUGAUUCUGUUAUUGUCGACAUGAAUAAUGUCAUGAAUUCUGUUAAUUUACAUAGUGGUUUAACUAAUAAUAAAAGAGUUUAGACGUUUCAAAAGACCAAAAUACUCACAAACAUUAGAACUUAACCACUUUAUCACUAUCCCGAAUUUCUUUUAGAAACUAGCACUAUUCACACAUUUUCAAUUUUAUAAUACCUAGACCUACAUACCUUAUAUAAUUUUAAAGUGCUUUUCAUCUUAACUAUACUAUUAGUACUCUAAAAAUCCAUUUUAUGUAUUGUUUAUAAUUUUACUUUUUUUUUGUACUAUGUAUGCCAUAAAAACAACAACAAAAAAACAUAAAUUAAAGUUAAAUUAUCCAAUAAAUAAAGUAGAAAGGCAUAAAGUAAGAAAUAAAAUUAAAUGUCUUUAAGCAAACACAAAAGAAAAUAGAAUCCAGUGAACUUUUUUAAAUUUUGAACAACAACAUGAGAUGGAUGUCAAUUUUUCACAAUUUAUCACAUCAAAAUUUAGUGUUUUUAUCCUAAUUUUUUGUUUAUCGUAAAAAGUAUUGUUCACUUUAAAAAAUGAAUGUUAGAACGAAUUAAAACAAAAAAAGAACAAAUUAAAAUAGAAACCACAUGUGAUUAUACUUUAGAAGAUAAUAAGAGUUUACGUAAUAAUAAUGUAUAAAUAAAUAAAAUAUAUAAUUUAUUGAAAUUUUUACAAAAAAAAAAACAAAAAAUAUUUCAAUAACAUUUUAUUUUAAUACAUACUUUAAUUAUUUAAUACUUCAAAUUAAAAAAAAUGAAUUGAUUUUGCUUUUUAUUUUAAUUUUAUUAUUUUUAUAAUUUAGUUCGUUUUUAUUUUUUUAUUUUUCAACUAUAUUGUAGUUUAAAUUUAAGUUUAAAAAAUAUGAAGAACAAAGUAUGAACCAAAAGUAUUUUUAUAUGUAAAAAGCAAUGAUAAAAUCGUAUGUGAUGUUAAAACUGAUUUUUUUUUUACCAAAAUAAACUAAAAAACAAAUGGAAAUCAAACUACAUUAUGUAUAAAAUAAAACCAAAAAUAAUAAUAAUAAAAAAAAUACAAACGAAAAUGAAAAUUUUAUAUAUAUUAUCCAGAAAACAAAACAACAACAAAUGCCUUUUUAUUGUGUGUUUUAUAACAACAAAACAAAAACAUAGUUUUGAUUUCUUAUUUUGAGUGAAAUUAUCGUUUUUCAUAAGAAAAUUUGAAGACAAAAAUAUCAAGAAAUUAAAUAAAAGCCUGACACAAUUAUUUAAUCAUAUA